AUGCAGAAUCCCGAAGCUGUCUCCUGGGAUGGUCACUCAUCGAAUAACGACAAGAGAGCAAAAGGCAGACAUAUCGUGUCGGGAACAAAUGGUCUCGAAGCCGUCAACCUUGAACAGCUUAUCCUCUAUUCCCGGGAAAAAGAUGAGAAACUCCCUUUGUUUCCAAGGCCGACUUUUGAAAGCUUGAUCAAUGACAUAAUUGAAAAGACUCCUGUUGCAAACAGAGUCUUAGAUACAAUGGACCUUCGAAGAUCCGCGAGGGUCUUGGAGCCUGAGCUGGAAACGAAGUUCCAUAUGGCAACGUCGCAAAUGAUAGACAGUGCCUCUCACAAGAAUUGGUUUACAAGCCAGCUUAGAAAGCGCUAUUUAUCAUUUCGGGGACCACUGUGCGAGAUGUCCCAAUGUGCAGUCCUCUCCGCCGUUGCAGAUAGUCAAGCAUCUGCAACGGCGAAGUUCCUUCACAAGAUCUCUCUGACGAUCACGUCACUCGACACUAUUCGAGCUAUAGGUUGCGAUAGCAAAGGAAACCUCUAUGAGACAGAGCAACUCCGAUGCAUGUUUGCAACAACUAGAGAGCCAAGCCAAUCCGUUGAUGUAUUGAAAACGCAUCCCAAAUCUUCACACGUACUAGUACUCUCAAAUGGGCACAUGUUCAAAGUCCGAAUACUAGACCCAAAUUCACGGCCUAUCUCAGUCCAUAUGUUGACAACACAAAUUCAGCAGGUCAUUGACAAAUCAUUCUCAAGCGAGAGAAAAAACAGUGUCGCAACAUGCUCCACCCUCUUGGGACGAACGGAGUGGGCCAAGUUGCGAAGCGACUGCAAGAUAAUUGACCGAGCGGCAAUAGAGUGUAUUGAGGCUGCCGUUAUCUCAGUGGCACUACACACUGCGUUGCCUUCAACCCAGGAAGAGACAUUCAGCAUGGCCAAGGAAGACACCACGUGCGUCUAUUCUGAUAAGGUUUUUGGAGUCUCAGUAUUUCCAGAUGGGACAAUUGCCGCGAGGAUCGAUCAUUCAGUCGCUGAUGGAGGAUUGCUGGUCUUGCUUUGGCAGCACAUCUCUUCCUUAAAGAUCGAUAUCGCCGACCAAAUUCCAGCAGCAUAUACACCUGUUGAAGGACCACAGGAGAUCGAUCUUGCUGGCAAACUGGGAGCUAUAAGUCCAACAUUCCUGAAAAAGCCCGCCUUUCGACGCCAUUCAGUUGUUCUUAAAGUUGACCAGAAUACGGAAUAUAUUCGGUUCUUACGCCAGGCGAAGCUUCUGCACAUUGUCAAUUUAUUCGCUUAUCAAGCAGCAUUGAUGUCUAUAUUGGGUGAAAGUGACUGUACUAUACAAGAGCCGGUCUCAACUCGUAGCUUCGCCGAAGGUCGGUGUGACAGGCAUUAUGUUACAACCAGGGAACUAUUGUCGUUCUGCAAGGCUCUCGAUGCGAAAACAUCUCCGGAGGUGGUUGCCACGAGCUUCAUGAACGCCACGCAGAGAUACAGACUGGGUCUGAACGUUGUCAAAAAGGGCCAGGGUUUUGGAGCCACGGUAGAGAUAUUACAACAGGUACUCUCUUCGAUGCAGGCCUGCAACGAGAAAAGCAUCCUACUGGCGGCCAUAAACGCUUUCAAAAAGAGGAGCGCACUUUUUACUGGGUUCCCUUUCGCUCCGGCCAUUAAUGCCGUGGAAGGAUUUGUCUCCGCAGUCGAUCGAGUAUCAUGUGUCUAUAUCGGUCAUGACUCCCAGAUCAUCAUUUGUUUGACUGGUACAGGCAUAUUCAGCAACACCAUUAAUCAGAUCGGAGAGGCCAUGGAGAGUAAUCUCGUUGCUAUCAUUCAAGGAGUCGUCAAUUCUAAUCUUAUGCAUCUGGUCCUCGGAUGA